AUUUUGUUCCGAUUCCUGUUCUUCGUUAAUUCAGGAACUAACGAAAUUUCGAACCUGAGCUGCAACUGUUAACUCUUAUCCAGUGCGAAUUCCAAUCACCAUCUUCACCGAAUCAAUUAAAAAAAGGAUGCUAUUUUUAUGUCAAAAAUGCAGCCUUUACCUUCUUCCAUGCUCCUUUGUACCAUUCAAAUCAAAGUCCAUCUGCAACCAAACUUCAACUUCCACCAUUCUCAACUGCCAUAACCCACAUUCCCAAGAUGCCCCAGAUGAACAUCAUCAGAGCCCCGUUCACCGCAAACACAAUUCCAAAUCCACAAACUUUCUCCUUCAGAACCUUUCCCAGAACAACCAGAAUCAGCAGCAACUCACUGCUCCCCAAAAGAUUGAACUUGAAGAACACCCCAUCAUGCCCCACCAAGAAAAGGUGAAACUUUUGGAACUUUCCCUUGUUAGGAAGAGGACCCCUCAGUUCCCUGGUUCCAUCUAUGUUCAGUCCCCAAGUGACUCUGAUGUGGGUUCUUCUCUUCCACCUAUAAGAAACCUUUUUCAAUCAAGUGUUGACAAUGAUGGUGGUGGCCAUGUUGAUGAAGAAGAGGAGGAGAUGAUAAUGCGUGCAGUUGAGAUUCGUAGGAAGGUGACUUUGGAGAUUUUCAAAGAAGCCAUGAUGAAGGAGGGUAGGUUUGGAAUCACUUACACUACUAACUUGGCUAAUAGGCUGCAAGGUUUCCUUGACUAUGUUAUGAUUGAAGCUGCUAGCUUGAAGAGGAUGCCAGAAUAUUCUAACUCUAGUUUCAAUUUGCGCGCCAAAACCGUCAUUGAGGACUCCCAGGUUGUGCCACUUAUCAGAUGGUUGAAGCAUAAUGAACUAUCAUAUCCUCAGAUAUCAAAGCUCAUUUUAUUGUCAAGAGGAAGAAUUGAUUUGAUAAGGGACCGUGUCCAGUGGUUGAAGUCGAUUCAUGUGAAAGGGGAGUUCCUUGGGGUUGCGCUUGUUAAGGGUGGUGAGAAUAUUUUGCACCGCAGCUAUAAGGAACUUGAUGAGAUUGUUGAGUAUCUGGUGUCCAAUGGAGUUAGGAGAGACUGGGUGGGUUAUGUCAUUAGUCGAUGUCCUCAAUUGUUGUCGUACAGCUUAGAAGAAGUGAAGACUCGUGUGGCGUUCUAUGUCGAUAUGGGUAUGAAUGAGAAGGAUUUUGGUACAAUGGUUUUUGAUUUCCCCAGAGCACUUGGUCACUUAACUAUGGAAGAAAUGAACCAAAAGGUUAAUUACUUGAAAGAAUUUGGGCUUAAAAAUGAGGAUGUUGGCAAGUUGCUAGCAUUUAGGCCACAAUUGAUGGGUUGUAGCAUUGAAGAACAGUGGAAACCUCUUGUUAAGUAUUUCUACUAUUAUGGAAUCACUAAAGAUGGCAUGAGGAGAAUGCUUACCCUUAAACCAAUGGUCUUUUGUACCGAUUUGAAGUUGAAUAUUGUUCCAAAGGUAAAAUUUUUUCAGGACAUAGGGGUUAGAGAUGAUGCAAUUGGCAACAUGCUUGUGAAGUUUCCUACUCUACUCACUUACAGCCUCAACAAGAAGAUUAGGCCAGUGGUUAUAUUCUUGAUGACCAAAGCUGGAGUAACUGAGAAAGAUAUUGCCAAGGUUGUAGCUCUGGGACCUGAGCUCUUGGGAUGCAGCAUUGUACAAAAGCUUGAAGUAAAUGUUAAAUAUUUUUUGUCUCUUGGCAUACAUGUCCGGCAGCUAGGUGAGAUGGUUGCCGAUUUCCCAUUGCUGCUCAGAUACAAUCCCGAUGUCCUUCGGCCUAAGUAUGUUUAUCUGCGGCGAACCAUGAUCCGACCUUUGCAAGAUAUCAUCGAGUUUCCAAGGUUUUUCAGCUAUUCUCUUGAAGGGCGAAUUAUCCCAAGACACAAGGUUCUUGUGGAGAAUCAGCUUAAUAUUAAGCUGAGAUACAUGCUGGCUAGCAGUGAUGUACAAUUCAAGAAACUGGUCAAUGAUCUCAUCAGAAAGCGCAACAAGUUUCAGUCUGGUGUUGCUGGCGAAGAGGAGGAAGAGACUCAAUCCGAGGCUGUUAUUCCAGGGGAUACUGCUACUAAACUCCAAUCAUAAAAUUAAAAUUGAUGACUAUAUGGAAAGCAAAAUGGUUUCAUUGAGUCAGAUUAAUAUAGUAAUUUCACUUGCAAGUAAUUGCAAUAAGAUCAUAAUUUUUCUGUUCAACAGUUGAUAUGCUAACAAAAUGAAGCUUGUAAUCUGUCAUUCACUGUCUUACUUGUAUAUAUACAGAAUUAAACUCAACAUUGCUUCAAGGUAUACUUUGAAAUGUGCAUGUUGCACCACUCAAUUGUUGUUUUCUUUCUUCUUUCAUGUA